ACAGCCAGACGUGCCGCAGACACAGCCAAAACCUGCUGUUCCUGCUCCUCCAGAAGCAGCUCCUGUUGCCAAAUCGUGGGCCAACACCAAACCAGGUGGACAGGAUGGUCCACCUAUUCAAGUAAAUAGUUAUUUCCAGCAAGAGUUUCCCAGUCUGCCGGCAGCUGGGGAUCAAGAAAAGUCAGGCAAAGAGAAAGAUGCACCUGAAGAGCUCCAUGGAUCAGGACCCAACUUGCGACCACAAACAGAUGCUACUAGUUGGAGAGAAGGUGGUAAUAAGAGCAACUCGCCCGGUUCUCCAACUGAUCAAGAAGCUAAGGCUCUUGGACAAGAAGAUGGUAAUGGUACACCAGCAGAACAAAAUGAUGGCCAGAAGGCAACAGAGAAGAGGGAUGUGCGGUUACCACAGGUCCCUCAGCCCAAGCUGAAUGGCCAGCAGCAACCACCUAUCUCAUCUCAGUACAGAGCAAUGAUGCCACCUUAUAUGUUUAAUCAGUAUCCUAGAAUGGCAUAUCCUCCUUCCAUGCAAGGUCCAACAAGGUUUCCCAAUUCUGAGCCUAACAGAGGGCCAAGGGGAAGAGGACCACCUUCAUGGUGUUCAGAACCUAUUGAGCGCCCAUCCAUUCUAAGUGCUAGUGAACUUAAAGAACUUGAUAAAUUUGAUAAUCUAGAUGCUGAGGCCGAUGAAGGCUGGGCAGGUGCUCAGAGUGAAGUGGAUUACACUGAGCAGCUGAACUUCAGUGAUGAUGAUGAGCAAGGAAGUAGUCAAAAAGAGAAGGAAAGUGGUGAUGAACAAACACCAUCAAAAGAUUCCCAGAGUCCUGAUGGCCAGAAGGAAGCAGAAGAACAGACGAGUGCUAAGUCAACCACCCAGGUUUCCACAGCAGCAACCAAAGGGUCUUACGGCAAAAGCUCUCAGCUUGAUCAGGAUCGGGGUCCAGCACAGCCUUCUAUACAUGAAAGAGGUGGUCCUGCUCUUCAUCCGAAAUCUAUUCUGCCACCGCACCCUCCUCCCCCUGAUCGCCAGGUAGGACCUGGAAGGCAGGGACCCUUUCCCCCUAAACCAGUACCAGAUGAAGAUGAAAUUUGGAAACAGAGGAGAAGACAGCAGUCAGAGAUAUCCGCUGCAGUUGAGCGAGCCCGUAAGCGACGAGAAGAGGAAGAAAGAAGAAUGGAAGAACAGCGAAAAGCAGCUUGUGCUGAAAAGCUAAAACGGUUAAAUGAGAAAUUUGGCAUUGUGACAAAACCCUCCCGGGAAGACCCUCUGAAAGAGAGAGAACGGGAGAGGGAAAGGGAGAGAGAGAGGGAGCGAGAAAGAGAAAGGGAGCGGGAGAGGGAGAGAGAAAGGGAGAAGGAGAAGGAAAAGGAAAAAGAAAGGGAAAGGGAGAAGGAAAAAGAAAAGGAAGAAAAAGAAAAACUGGAGACAGGAAAAGAACAAGAAGGAGAGAAAGAGAAAGAAAAGGAGAUGGAGAAAGAAGAUAAGGAAGAUGAGAAAGAGAAAGAAGAGGAGAAACCAGCCCAUGAGGUUCCUGAGCCUGUAGAACCUGUGGCAACACGUGUAGUAGUAGAAAAACAAGAAAGUGAAACCAGGAAUAACAAGGAAGAAAAAGAUCAGACAAUCUUUACCCGACAAGAUAGUGGUCGGAAUGAGAAAGAGAUUUCACAGGUCACUCAUGAGAGUGAGCCAGAAUCGGGAGCUCAGCCUCGUCCUGCUGUUUCCUCGGGCUAUUCUAAACAGUUCCAGAAAUCGUUACCACCAAGAUUUCAGAGGCAGCAGGAGCAAAUGAAACAGCAGCAGUGGCAGCAACAACAGCAAGGUGUCCUUCCACAGUCUGCUCCCUCACAGCCUUCUAGUGGCCCUGUCCCACCUCCCCAGCACAGACCUCUUUACCAGCCCAUGCAGCCACAUCCUCAGCAUUUAGCUUCAAUGGGCUUCGAUCCACGGUGGCUUAUGAUGCAGUCCUACAUGGACCCACGAAUAAUGUCAGGAAGACCUGCAAUGGAUAUGCCUCCUAUUCAUCCGGGAAUUAUGCCUCCCAAACCGCUGAUGAGAAGAGACCAGAUAGAGGGAUCAGCAACUAGUUCAGACUCAUUUGAACAUAUAGCUCGCUCAGCAAGAGAGCAUGCUGUUCCUUUGUCAGAGCCCCGCAUGAUGUGGGGGUCAGACCCGUACCCCCAUGCAGAACCUCAGCAAUCUAGUUCUCCUCCAAAAGUGUUAGAAGAGCCUGAUGAUUUGAGGUCUGAGGCACACUUGGAGCAAGAGCGAGUUGCUGUCCCUGCCACUGCUUAUCCUGUAGAACACAACCAGCUGGACUCUCAUCCAAAACCAGACUUUUUCAGAGAAUCAGGAGAGGUGGAGGUACAAAAGUUCCCAAGCAGGCCUUUGGAAGAUGUACAGCCUCUCCAAACUGACACGUCUAAUGCGGCAGUUAAUUUUGAAGGAGUGAAUGAGAAAGUUACACAUAGCUCUCCAGAAGAAUUGAUGCCUGUGGGAGAAAGUCACUCUUCACUAAAGAGAAGCAUUUCCCAUGGUUCAAGUCACUCUCUAAAAUCAGAAGACCAGAGGAACGAGGCAGCAACAAAUAUCCCUAAAUUAAAUAACAGACCUAUUGAGACAAAGGAGACAAUUGAGAGACUUGAGAUUAAGCCAAAAAAAGAGAUUUUGAUUAAUAAUAGAACAUCAGAAGGACCAAAACCUGAAAAAACUUUCAAACCUAAGUCUGAAACAAGAUGGGGUCCUAGGCCAGGUUAUGGCAGGAGAGACGAAGGCGGCGAUAGACCAGUGAGAAGAUCGGGUCCUAUUAAAAAACCUGUGCUUAGAGAUAUGAAGGAAGAACGUGAACAGAGAGAAGAGCGUGAGCAGAGGAAGGAGAAAGAAGAAAAGACAACUAGUGAAAAACCUAGCAAGUCUGAAAAAAGUGACAAGAAGGAAGCACCUCAAGUGCCACCACCUCAGGCUGAGCCAGAGACAUCGACCUCCGGCAGCACUCCUCUGGCUAAGAAGCCACCCACACCUCCAGUCCAGCAGCAGCUACCAGCUGCCCAGCCUGCUACUCCACAGCUUCCCCCUGCAGUACAGCAGCAGCCGCCUGCUCAACCAGCAGCACAGCAGCAGCCACACGUUCAGCAGCCAGCUACUACAGUGAAGGAAGAAAAGCAGGCUGAGAAGGUAGUUAGCAAGGAGGUUGUAGAAAAACCACGCUUAGAAACCAGACCAGUAAAAAGAGAGCCUGGCUUGCCACCUAGGACAUACUGGAAAGAGGCUAGGGAUAGAGACUGGUUCCCAGAUCAGGGAUACCGAGGCAGAGGUCGUGGGGAGUAUUAUUCUAGAGGUCGUAGCUACAGGGGUUCUUACGGAGGACGUGGUCGGGGCAGUAGAGGCCAUAAUAGAGAGUACCCACACUACAGAGAUCCUAAGCCUAGAUCAGACCAUGUGCCUUUGGGGCCUGUUAGGCAAAGAGAAGAGAGCGAAACUCGUAGUGAGAGUUCUGACUUUGAAGUAAUCCCAAAACGGCGGCGGCAGCAUGGUUCAGAGACAGAUUCUGACAGCGAAGUCCAUGAAAGCGCAAGUGACACACUCCUUUCAGACAAAGACAGUCUAAUUAAAGGCAAGCACCCAAAAAGAGAAGAGAGAGCUGAUGGCAAGAAACCUUCAAAGCCCCUGUCAUUCAAACCUGAAAACAGUAUCAGAGUAGACAACAGAUCCCUAGAAAAAACAUAUAUAAGAGAUGAUGAGAACAAACCCAAACCAGGAUUUCUGCCUAAAGGAGAGCCUUCUAGACGGGGCAGAGGGGGAAUGUAUAGACGCGGUGGCCGGGAUCCUGGUGGGCGUCCUCCACGCCCAUCCACAAUAAGGAGACCAGCCUACAGAGACAAUCAGUGGAAUCCUAGGCAAACAGAGAUCAUUAAACCAGAAGAUGGGGAGCCUCCAAGAAGAAAUGAACAUUAUGGUCCUAUACCAGUUGAUAAAAGACCUCCAAAAUUUGAGAGAAAGUUUGAUCCAAAUAGAGAGAGGCCACGAAGACAAAGGCCUGCUCGACCUCCAAGGCAAGAUAAGCCACCACGCUUUAGGCGCCUAAAAGAAAGAGAGGCUGCAUCAAAGAUAAAUGAGGCGGUAACCAGCUCAUCAACAAGUGCCACAGUUAGUAAUGCAGUUAAUGAGCCCUCCAGCACUGCUCUGGAUGUGUCGGGAAGUAAGACACCAGACUUGUCCAACCAGAAUUCUUCAGACCAGGCAAAUGAAGAGUGGGAAACAGCCUCAGAAAGCAGCGACUUCAAUGAGAGGCGCGAGAGGGAUGAGAAGAAAACAGCAGAUGUAGCAGCACAAGCGGCUGCAAAGGCAGGGGAAAACGCUGGAGCUCCAAAAAGGGAAAUAGCCAAAAGAAGUUUUUCUAGUCAGCGGCCUGGCAUAGACCGUCAAAACCGACGUGGCAACAACGGGCCAGCUAAACCGGGGAGGAACUUCUCAGGGCCUAGGAGUGAGAGACGGAGUGGUCCUCCACCCAGAAGUGGAAAAAGAGGGCCAUUUGAAGAGCAGCCAGCAGCUGUGCCUGGUGUUGAUUCCACCAACAGCAACUCUUUACAUCAGGACGAAGGAGGUGUUACUGCUGCAGGACAAAAGAGCACCAAGGAUGCAAGUGGAAAAAAGAGAGAAGAACCGAAGGCUGGUCCAAAGAAGCCUAAGGAAAAAGUGGAUGCCUUGUCUCAAUUUGAUCUUAAUAAUUAUGCAAGUGUUGUGAUCAUUGAUGAUCACCCUGAAGUGACAGUAGUUGAAGACUCCCAAUCUAACUUGAAUGAUGAUGGUUUCACAGAAGUGGUGUCAAAGAAGCAACAAAAACGUUUGCAAGAUGAAGAGCGCAGAAAGAAGGAGGAACAAACAGUGCAGGUUUGGACCAAAAAAGGAUCAAGCGAAAAAGGCCGAGGUCAGAAUUCCAAGCUCCCACCCAGAUUUGCCAAAAAGCAGCAGCAGCAGGCAGCAGCUGCAGCUGCACAGCAGGCACAAGCUCAGGCACAGUCUCCAUGUACAGCGCAGACUCCGGGUCAGCCACAGGCUUCUGUUCAGCAGCAAAACCAGGCUGCAGGAGGGAUCGCCAGCACAGAAUACACAGUGUCAGGCAAAGUUCUGCAAAACACCCAGGCUCACAAUGGUCUGGGAACUGAAUUAUGGGAAAACAAGGUGCCUCCCACAGCAGUUCUGAAUGACAUCUCCAAAAAAUUGGGACCCAUUAGCCCACCUCAGCCACCUUCGGUCAGUGCUUGGAACAAACCUUUGACAUCUUUUGGUUCAGCUCCAUCUCCAGAGGGGACAAAGCCUGGGCAAGAAGGUGGAGUUGAUCUUGGUAUAGAAACUAUUCAGUUUGGAGCCCCAGCUUCCAGUGGCAGUGACAAUGAAGUUGGCCCUGUACUUUCUGAGAAGUCCACUGACAAGCUACCAGAACCGAAAGAGCAAAGGCAGAAACAGCCUCGGGCUGGACCCAUCAAAGCACAAAAGCUUCCAGACUUGAGUCCAGUAGAAAACAAAGAGUAUAAACCUGGUCCUAUUGGGAAAGAGCGUUCUUUAAAGAACAGGAAGGUGAAGGAUACCCAACAGGGAGAGCCUGAAGGACAGGAGAAACCAUCUCCCACCUCUGUCAGAAGUCCAGAACCUGUCACUACAAAGGAAACCAAAGCAGCAAGUGAACUGAGCACGGAAAUAGGAACGAUGAUAUCUGUGUCUGCUCCAGAGUUUGGAACAAACACAAAGGAGUCUGUAACAGACUACACUACACCUUCUUCUCAUCCUAACACAGUGGCUACUAGCAGUACAAAAAUGGAGGAGACUUUGGUGACGAACGUGCCCCUGCCCCACACCCUUCCCCUCCCUAGGAGGGAGACUCUACAACAGAGCUCCAGCCUAACUCCAGUUUCUCCCGCUACCGUCGACCUCACCCUCAAGAUGGAGUCUGCACGCAAAGCAUGGGAGAAUUCCCCGAACAUGGGGGAGAAGAGUUCACCAGUGACCUCGGCAGCAUCUCCUAUUGCUGGUGGCAGCGGCAGUAGCAGCAGCAGCAGCAACGCUGGGCCAAGCAGUGGUACUUACAGCUCUUUCUCUAGUGCAUCAAUGCCUCCUAUUCCUGUGGCCUCAGUUACACCGACAACUUCACUGUCAGGAGCUGGAACAUACACAACCUCUUCACUGAGUACGAAGACUGCAAGUACCUCAGACCCUCCUAAUAUAUGUAAAGUGAAACCACAGCAAUUGCAGACAAGCAGCCUAGCUUCUGCCAGUCACUUUUCCCAGCUGAGCUGCAUGCCAUCCCUCAUUGCCCAGCAACAGCAAAGUCCCCAGGUCUAUGUGUCUCAGUCUGCAGCAGCUCAAAUCCCAGCAUUUUAUAUGGAUACAAGUCAUCUAUUCAAUACCCAACACGCGCGUUUGGCACCACCUUCUCUGGCCCAACAGCAAGGCUUUCAACCAGGGCUUUCUCAGCCUGCUUCAGUUCAGCAGAUCCCUAUCCCCAUCUAUGCACCUCUGCAAGGACAGCAUCAAGCUCAGCUGAGUUUAGGAGCAGCACCAGCUGUUUCACAAGCCCAGGAGUUGUUCAACUCCUCCUUACAACCUUACAGAUCCCAGCAAGCUUUUAUGCAAAGUGGUUUGUCUCAGCCGUCACCAGUGGUUCUGUCUGGUACAGCCUUACACAACUUCCCAGCAGUACAACACCAAGAGCUUGCUAAGGCACAGUCAAGCCUGGCGUUUCAACAGACUUCUAAUACACAACCUAUUCCUAUCUUAUACGAACAUCAGCUUAGUCAAGCUUCAGGACUGGGAGGCUCUCAGCUUAUUGAUACACACAUUCUCCAGGCCAGAGCUACACUCACUCAGGCUUCAAAUCUGUACUCUGGGCAAGUUCAACAGCCUGGCCAGAGCAAUUUCUACAACACUGCACAGUCUCCCAGUGCUCUCCAGCAGGUGACGGUACCUUUGCCAGGAUCACAAAUUUCUUUGCCCAACUUUGGAUCCACAGCACAGCCACUUAUUGCCCUACCCCAGUCUUUACAACCACCACUACAGCACACACCACCACAAGCGCAGGCUCAAAAUCUAAGCAGACCUGCACAAGUAACCCAGCCUUUCAGAGGAUUAAUCCCAGCAGGAACUCAGCACAGCAUGAUCACUGCAACUGGAAAGAUACCAGAAAUGGACCUGAAGGCGUUUGGAGGUGGCAUUGAUGUUAAACCUGGAACACCACCAGUUACUGGUAGAAGUACUACUCCAACCUCCAGUCCCUUCCGGGCCAGUUCUACAAGUCCUAACAAUCAGUCCAAUAAAAUGAACAGCAUUGUCUACCAGAAGCAGUUUCAGUCAGCAACUGCCGCUGUGAGAAUGACACAGCCGUUCCCUGCACAGUUUGCACCACAGAUCCUCUCUCAGCCUAACCUGCUCCCUCCAUUGGUCAGAGCCCCAUAUACUAACACCUUCCCAGCGCCUGUUCAGAGGCUGCCAAUAGUACUGCAUAGUCAGAUGCCGUCUCAGAUGACCACAGGCCUUAUGAGCCACCCUCAUUUACCGCGUGUGGCCAGAGGUCUUUGUGGAUCAGUAUCUGGAGCCAGAGGCAAUCAGGCCCAGGCUGCGAUGAAGGCUGAACGAGACAUGAAGGCAAAGCAGAGAGCAGAGGUACUUCAGUCCACCCAGAGAUUCUUUUCUGAGCAGCAGCAGCAGAGCAAACCCAUAGGAGGCAAAGCGCAGAAAGUGGACGAGAACGGGAGCAAACCCACCGAGGCAAUUGCUGACUCUUCAGGAGUCUGCCAGGACAAAAGCGAGGAAAAGCCUACCCCUGCACCUGCUGCAGCAACAAAACCUGUUAGAACUGGACCAAUCAAACCUCAGGCAAUCAAAACCGAAGAAACAAAAUCUUAG